AUGAACAGAUUUGGACAUGGAUCUGGAGCUAAUAGCUGGCUCAAACAAUUGGAGGGAGGAGGAUGGUCCAACAACGUCAGAACAUGCGUAUACAUGAAGAAAACUAGACAUGGAUCAUCUAACUAUAUGGAGAAAGAGCUUCAGUUUACAAGAAUAUUGAGUGAUAAAGCUCAAGAAAAUCCAGUUAGGCUUCAUUACUGUGACGGUGCUUCUUUCAGUGGAUAUGGACAGGAUGAGGUUGCACAGCUUCAGUUUAGAGGAGAGCGUAUCUGGAGAGCCGCUAUAGAUGAUUUAAAGGCCAACCGAGUGCGAUACGCCGACCAGGCACUUCUCUCUGGAUGCUCAGCUGGUGGUUUAGCAGCAAUAUUACGCUGCGAUGAGUUCAGAGAUAUGUUAGUCUCUUUGUAA